AGGUGCCGUCGAGAUACUUAGGGCCUGGUGGGGGUAGUCUGCCCAGGCCUGCCCCCUUCCCAUGGAGGCUGGGCGGUCAGCAUCAGAGGGAGGAGAGGGGGGAGCUCAGGUCACGGGGCUCCCCAUACACAUGCCAGCCCCAGGCAACCCCACCUUGUUGUCUGGGCAGCCUGGCCCUGGGACAGCCUUGUGCUGAGGCCAUGGAGCGGGACGUUCCACUGGCUGAGGGGGGCGUGGGGUACUGGGCCCUAUGCCAGACGGUUCCCCCUGGCUACCAGCGCAGACAUGGAGAGGGCUGGGCAGUGAGACUGAGGGGCAGCCUGCAUCAACGUGGGAAGGACUGGCCGGGCCCUCAGUGCCCUGCCCCGGAGCCCUUGCCACCCCAAGGCCUCCAGCGAAUGGCAGGCUCUCUGCCCCACCCCUGCCCACCUGGCACCUCUCCUGUGGUUUGGAUGCAGAAUCCUAUUUAAUUAGAGCCUUUUCCCCAGUUCCCAGGGAAGCCUGGUGGACAGGAUGAGCCCUCUGACCAUUGGGCAACGCCUCCUACCUCCCACCCCCUCCAUACCCAUUCCACACAUGCGUCCCAGGCCGCAGGCUGUAGGCUGAGCUGGAUUCUGGGGUUUCUUAGGCCUGGCUGUGCUGCACCUUGGGGCUUAGCCAGCCCAGCCAAGGACAGUCAGCUCUGGUCCUCCGUCAGGUGAGAGGCCUCUGUGUGGUUUCCUGGCCAAAGCUAGCCCUCCCCAGGGAUGGGGAUUUGCUGAGAAAUGUGCUGUGGGGCCACACUCUCCCUCCCUUGGAGCAGACCCACCCUACCCCCUUCCUGGGCAGAGUGGGACUCUGAGACUGUCUUCCUGUAGCUGGCACCUUGGACCCCAGGCUCUGGUUUUAAGGCUUCCUUCCAAGGGUCCCACUCCACCAGCCAGGCUUACAGUUCUGGGGGCCCAAAAGCCAGGCAGGGCUUAGAUGGCAAGGCCUUCUCUGAAGCAGGAGCUUACAUUCAAAAGCCCCCAGGCCGGAGGGAGCUGUGGAGGGUGUUCAUUCCACUUACUGGGCCAGGUCUCCAGGCGUUUCUGCCCUUACGUGGCGAAUGGUGGAAUGCUUUCCACCAGAGUCCCAGGUUCUUGAGGGAUUGGACCCUGAGGCUGUGGUCCUGUCUGUCACAAGGCCUGGUCAGGGCUGAUGAUGUUUGGCUAUCACUGUCUUGAGGACCUAUCAGGAUAAAAAGGCCCCAGAGGCUUCCAGGAAGCUUCCUAGGCCGUCGGCCGCUGCUCCCCAAAUUCUAAGAUAAGGCAGAAUUUUUGCAUCUGUCAUCAGUGAGGUAAUCAGGGCUGAUUUUCUCAUCAUCAUUAUUCAAGGGGCAAACUGGCCCAGGAUCCUGUAAUGAAAAGGUUAAUAUAAAUGCCAGAGAGCCUUCAAGCUAGGUUCCCUAGCCCACUUCACCUUGUGGCACACCUGAAAGUGAUCACUAGACCAGCUGGAGAAGGAGGGUGGAGGCUGAAGCACACAUGGGAAAUGCUGGGUGUGAGCAGGGAAGAGAGGCAGGCAGCGGGUUUAGAGAGGGAGUGGGGCCUGACCACACAGUGCUUUGUAGGUUUUCAGAGGGCGUUGGUGGCUCUAGGCAGAGAAGUGCUGUGAUCUGAUUUACAUGGUUGCUGGAUGGAAGACUGCUGGAGGGACAGGAGGCCACUGGAGUCGUCCGGGUGAGAAGGGACUACGACUUGGACUGAGUUGGGGAUAGGGAGGAGGAAGUGGCAGACUCUAGAUUAUUUUGAAGGGAGAGCCAGUAGUAUUGCCUGACAGAUGGGAGAUGGGACGUGAGCGAGUCAAGGAUUAUUCCAAGGUAUCUGAGCAACUGGAAGGUUAGAGUUGCCAUUAACUGAGGAAGACAGAGAACAGCAUUUGGGGCAGAAAACCAGAGGCUUUGCUUUGGACAUAUUGAGUUUAGGCAGCAUUUCAGACUUCCAGGUAGAUGUGGUGAGCACGCUUUUGGGGAGUGGAGUUUCCUAGGGGAAGUAAGGGCUGAGAUCGGAAUGUCAGUCAUCAGAUGAAGACAUGGAAAACUGUGACCCUGGAUGAGAGCACUCUGGGAAUGAGGGGAGAUGGAAAGCCAAGGGCCCAUCUUGGGUCAAGUCAGGAAGAUGAGCAGCCAGAAGGUAGGCCAACAGAGAGCGGCCUGUGAGAUUGGAGGCCAAUCAGGUGAGUGUGGCAUUCUGGAAGCCAAGUGAAGAAACUAUUUCGAGGAGGAGGGAGAAAAGAGUUGUGUCCAGUCCUGCCAAGAGGUCAGGUAAAAGGAAGACUGAGCGUUGAGUUCAGCAGUGUGGCAGUCGCUGGGGACCUUGACAGGAGCCAUCUGGUGAAGUGAUGGUACAAGGGAUGGCCAGGUUGAAAGGGAGCACGAGAACUAAGUACAGAAAGCCGAGGAUGCGUUUUACAACAAAGGAGACUGAGACAUGAGCUGGUGGCUGAGGGCGGAUUUGCAGCGGGAAGAAAUGGCAGCCUGUUGGUACCCUAGUGGGAAUGAGGCUGGCUUUGCGGAGUGCUUGGCAUAGCGCCUGGCAUGUGGCAGGCACGCAAUACAUGAAGGAUUCCACAGGUGUCCUCAUAUGCCAUAGCUGCCCCAGGCCGCUUCCUGUCUCUUGCCAGCCCUUGCCGGCCAGCCUGAGGGGCCUGCACUCUACGCUUGGUUCCCACACUCUGACUCGGUCACGGUUGUGUCCGGGGUCAGGGCUGCGGGUAAACCAAGCCUGAGUGUGGCACGAGCCUCCCGGCUUGCUCAGAAAGCCCUGCCUUAGAACAGCAGCGGGAAAGCCACCGCACCCAAGGCCUGGAGACACCAUGGCCCCGUCCUCAGCCUCCCGGGCUGAGGUUGCCAGUGGGCUGCCAGGCGGGUCUUCCAUCCUCAGGCAAAUCCCCUCUGGCAAAUUCAGACCGAAACUGGCCCAGGUGAGGCCAGCACCACAGGGCCAGGGAAGGACUGUGAGCAUUUCCUUUGUGCAUGUGAGGGGCUUCCCGCCUGUCCCUUCCUCAUGACGCAACACCUGAGGAAUUGAGCUGCUGGGUAUUGUGUGGCUUUACCCUUACAGCAACCAUGGGGUCGUCUCCGUAUGACAAGGAAACAGAUGCUCGGAUUUUGUAGUCAGUUCUUGAAGGCCACACACGUUAGAACCAGGAUCUGAAUAGGGCCAGCCGACUCCUCAAGUUCACAGUGCAGCGCCCUCCCCGGACUGCCCCAGAAAGCCGAAAGAAGGCUCUAGUUAGAGGUGCUCAGGAAGGGGCUGUGGUGCCACUGCUGUUGGGACACCAACCCCUGUCUGCCUGAGGACAGAAGGCAGGCUGAUUAGUCCUGGGAUGGGAGGCUCCUCCCAGUGGGCAGGGGACUGACUAGGGGGCAGUGUCGAGGGGAAGGGUGCCGCAGCUAGCAGCCCCGCCGCAAGCCCCCCCGGAGGCAGGCGUGUGGGGGAGACGGCAGGCAGGGCUGCUGCUGGGGGGUGUGCGAGCCUCUGUCCACCAGGAAGCUUCACACCUUGGCUAAGUUGCAGCUCAUACCUGGCCUUCCCUCUUGCCUCACCCUGGACCCCAAACAGCAAUCCCAAGGGGACCUGUGCCAGGCCUCUUCACCAUGAGCUACCGUGAGCUUCCCCAGAGCUGGUGAUGAAUGGAUCAUGAACCGCAUCCAUUACACGAGAGAGGAGACCGAAGCCCAGAGAUGUUAGGGAGUCUGGCUGAAUUCAACUCGUGGGAAACUGCACCCACAGGCACAACAAGGCCAGUCAGCCAGCCCACAGCGUCCCACAACUCUCUCCUCUCUAUGAACAUUUCAGCAGCCCACACCCUACACCUGCACCAGCCGACAUCAGCCAGAAACAAGGAGUUCACAGGCCACUGCAGACCCCUGACCUCUCUGGCUUCUACUCUCUGACCUCAGGCAGCAUGGGACAACUCCCCCACACUGUGAGCUGGCCCAGCCCUCCUCUCUACCCCUUGUCCCCUUCCUGCGGAUAUAGACAGCACUUCCCUGCCCCCACUGCAGCCCCUGGCGCCCCCUACCCCAGGUUCACCCACCCAUCCCUGAUGCUAGGCUCUGGUGUACCUGGUCACCCUGCAGCCAUCCCCCACCCAGCCAUCGUACCUCCCUCAGGGAAGCAGGAGCUGCAGCCGUAUGACCGUAGCCUGAAGACGCAGGCAGAAUCCAAGGUAGAGAAGGAGGCCAAGAAGCCAACCAUCAAGAAGCCCCUCAACGCCUUCAUGCUGUACAUGAAGGAGAUGAGAGCCAAGGUCAUAGCAGAGUGCACGCUCAAGGAGAGUGCUGCCAUCAACCAGAUCCUGGGCCGAAGGUGGCAUGCGCUGUCUCGGGAAGAGCAAGCCAAGUAUUAUGAGCUGGCCCGAAAGGAGAGACAGCUGCAUAUGCAACUGUACCCAGGCUGGUCGGCGCGGGACAAUUAUGGGAAGAAGAAAAGGCGAUCUCGGGAAAAGCACCAGGAAUCCAGCACAGACCCUGGCUCGCCUAAGAAAUGCCGUGCUCGCUUUGGCCUCAACCAGCAGACGGAUUGGUGUGGUCCGUGCAGGUGGGUUUGUCCCCACCACCAUCCUCCCUUUGCUUCAAGCUGCUUCCCUGACUUUGCACAUGUUCUGCUGGGCCUGUAGCCCCUCCUUUGGUACCCCAGUCCCAUAGCAUACCCACAGAUUGGGGAAUCCAUGUUUCCAACAAUGAGGUGGAGAAAGAAUGUUCUAGAAAAGAAAGGCAGACUCAAGAAUGUAGUUUUCUGGUGCCUAGGGUCCUCUGUUAAGGAUGGCCUGAUGCUAGGAGUAGCAGAUCCUCAGCAGGCCAAUCUCAUGCAUCCCAUUCAGUGGCCUGAGCUCCUGGCUACCAGGCUGAGAACUCACCAUGGUCCACCAGUUCCCUCACUUCUUCAAGUUAGGAUUCCUGCCUGUGUUAUCCUGAACCCUUUAUCUAAAAAAACAAAACAAAACACAACACCAAGGUGACUGUAGUAGAGAACAACCUGGAUGCCAAAUGGCCAUGUACCUCAUCUUGUCCCUGAGACCAGGGACUGCAGAGGUAGGGAGAGAGGAGGAAGGGGUAGCCCUGGGCUGUCCUAGCAAAAGGGCUGUACUUAGGCUCUGUGGCACUAAACCCGUGUGUUUCCCCAUAGAGCAGAGAAAUUUGUCUGUGAAAAGGAGCUAUACCUACCAAGUGGCUAAAGUUUGCCUGGUUGAGGUUGAGGCCAGGUCUGUUAGGGCGGAGCCUACUCCAGGCAGUAAGUUCACGGACCCUAAGGAAUACUGUCCAGUCCCUCACAGUGCCCACCAUGCUCCCUCUCCAAGGGCAAAGAGUAUUUGGGCAGUAUGUAAGUGUGUGUAUGUACACAACGCCGGGAGCGUAUUUUGUGUGACUCUGCCCGAGCACCACCCAGGAAUCCACAAGCAUCGCAGCCCUUUGCCUUAAUGCAGAUCUGAGUCCCACAAACAUGUGAAGCAGAGGCUCCAAGGCCCCAACUAGGAGAUGGCUCCCCUGGCAAACAAGAGACACCCACAGGGCUAGCCGGCACGAGGUUCCUGUGCCACCCUGCGGCUGUGCUGGGAACUACACCUGCUCCAGGUUUGAGCCAGGCCCAGUAGAAUUGCAAUGCCAGCUUUGAAGGCACAGACAGGCACAUCACCAAAGUCCCGGGGGGAGGGGACAAGAGGUCAGCUGGGCCUGUGCAAGAACAGCAUUUUCUGGUUGUGGUGUAUGACUAUGAAU